GGGGAAACCUCUCAGCACAGAGAGAGCCCUGAGAGCCCACAAGAGCAACUGUAGAGCAGAGAUAGAUAGACAAACACAUAGAAGUCCCUUUCCGAGAAACAUCACAACAAACAAAAAAGCAAUUUCAAAACAACAUUCAUCCAAGAAGGUCAAAACCUGAUUGGAUAAAUUAUUUAAUAUAUAGGUUUAAAAAAAUCAAGAUUAAUCUGCUGAUUAAUUGUGAUGAAUCUUAGGGAAUGAGUAUAAAUGACACUUUUGAUUUUUCUGAAAAGACAAGUGGAUCUUUACUCAUCUCUGAAAGAGAAAAAACAAGAGGACAGCUGGAGAACAGAAGAGACGGAGCAUCUUCUCAGCAUCAGCAGAAGUGUGCAGCAGCGCUCCCUGAGCUGAGCUAAGUGAUUUCCUCCACCUGUGAAGCUACGCUCCUCCAGAGUGCACCCAGCCUCUCUGUUGUCCUCAGCAGCUUCCAGCGCAGCCUCAGCCCUGUGGCCACAGCACCAGCAGAGGAUGGCUGCAGCCAAGACCGAGAUGAUUCUCCCAACCCUGCAGAUCUCAGAGCCCCUGAGCUUCCCUCACUCCCCAAUGGAUAACUACCCCAAGCUGGAGGAGGUGAUGAUGCUCAGCUCUGCAGGGACCCCCUUCCUGACUGCCUCGGCGCCCGAAGGUGCAGGCUUCGGCUCAGGAGAGCCAGGAGAUCAGUAUGACCACCUUGCUGGAGAUACGUUACCUGAUAUCCCCUUCAACUGUGAGAAGCAAGUCACAGAGCAGACCUACUCCACCCAGAGGCUGCCCCCCAUCUCCUACACAGGCCGCUUCACCCUGGAGCCUGCAACUACCUGCAGCAACAGCCUCUGGGCCGAGCCCAUCCUGGGCCUGUUCACAGGUCUGAUGGGGAACAUUGCCCCCAGCUCCAGCUCUUCCUCAGCGGCCUCACAGACCACCUCGUCCUCCUCCUCAUCUAUCCCUUCCUCCUCCACUUCUUCUACCUCCUCCUCCUCUCAGAGCUCCAGUCUCAGUUCCUCCAUCCACCACAGCGAGCCAAACCCCAUCUAUUCAGCUGCCCCCACCUACUCCAGCCACAACUCUGACAUCUUCCCAGACCAGGGCCAGGCCUUCCCUGGCUCAGCUGGAGCGGUGCAGUACCCUCCUCCCGCCUACCCCAACAGCAAGACGUGCAGCACCAGCUUCCCUGUGCCCAUGAUCCCAGACUACCUGUUCCCUCAGCAGCAGGGUGAGAUCAGCCUGGUCUCCCCAGACCAGAAACCCUUCCAGAGUCAGUCCAGUCAGCCCUCCCUCACCCCUCUGUCCACCAUCAAGGCCUUUGCCACACAGACUGGUUCCCAGGACAUAAAGGGGGUCUAUCAGUCCCAAUUGAUCAAGCCCAGCCGCAUGCGCAAGUACCCUACCAGGCCUAGUAAGACCCCUCCUCAUGAGAGGCCCUACGCCUGCCCGGUUGAGACCUGUGACCGCCGCUUCUCACGCUCUGAUGAGCUGACCCGUCACAUCCGCAUCCACACUGGCCAGAAACCCUUCCAGUGCCGGAUCUGCAUGCGCAACUUCAGCCGCAGCGACCACUUGACAACACACAUCCGCACUCACACAGGUGAGAAGCCAUUCGCCUGUGAGAUCUGUGGACGCAAGUUUGCCCGCAGUGACGAGAGGAAGAGGCACACAAAGAUCCAUCUCCGGCAGAAGGACAAGAAAGCAGAGAAAGCGGGAGCGGUGGCAGUAACAGCAGCAUCCGUAUCAGCUGCUUCACCCGCCUCCAGCUACCCGUCACCCAUCACUUCUUACCCCUCUCCUGUGUCCUCUUACCCCUCUCCUGUCACUUCCUGCUACUCCUCUCCCGUCCACACUUCCUAUCCGUCUCCUUCCGUGGCCACCACCUACCCAUCAGUGUCCAUGUCCAGCACCUUUCAGUCCCAUGUCGCCUCCCCCUUCUCCUCCUCUGUCUCCUCCAACAUCUACAGCUCCCCCAUCCCCACCCCUCUAUCAGACAUGCAGACCACCCUCUCCCCAAGGACAAUCGAGAUUUGCUAAGAGAGAGCAAAGAAAAAAAACUUUCUUCAGUCUCCCCACACCUCUCCUUCCUAAAGGUUCUUUGAGGGGAAAUAAAUCAGCAUCAAAAGACUUUGUUUUCCCCUCCAAAAAGCACUUUUCUGCCUGCUCCCUGUGCAGUGUUAGGUGAAUCUCCAGAUUCAUCUGAAAGUGAGAAAGAGACGCAUGUCAAGGACUGGGCAAAGACAAUAGAAGAGAAAAAGGGAUUUUUAUUUCUGUCUCUGUAAAACAAAUACAGCACUUCAAAUGCAUAAGGAACUCAACAGAUAGAGAGAAGAAAUGUGCACUGACAGUUCUCUGCUAUUAGGUACACAAAGACAAAGGGACAAACAGAUCGGCAGCAGUCGUGGUGCUAAAGCACGUCCGCCCUUGCAGGCUCUCACACAGUGCAAAAGACAUUGAAUGAUAUACAUAAGCUAUCAUAUAUGUAUAUUGUACAUGUGCCAUGUUUCGUUUUUUAUCAUUCUUUGGUACCAUUGAUGUGAAAAAUGAUUUGCAUAUUUGCAUUGUAUUAUUUGAAGUGAGCAGGGCCAUAUUUUAUACAUACUUUCUCUAUUAUGUAGUGAUGAUGCUGUGAUACAUUUUGACAUUGUUUGGAAAAAAAGCACUUAAGUAUUCAAGCAUGAGUAAGAGUGAUGUUAUUUUAUGUUUGUAAAUAUCAUCCACUGGUACUAUCUCUUUCUCUCUCGCUCACAUGUGACAUAUCGCUCGGUUGUAUGGAAAAAUAGAGAGAAGGAAAAAAACGUAGAAAAAAAAAAAACGAAACAAGACAAAACACUCCUGUUAUUUGGUGCCUUUUGUGAAGCCUUGCUGGUGUUGUGACUCGGCUGCGCGCAAGAAAGAGAGGAUGCACUGCAUCUCGCCUUAAGGGUUGAGGGAAUAUUUUUGUUACAGAAUGUAAGUCGAACUCAGAGGGAGGAAAAAGGGGACGAGCUGUGGGGGCACCGCUUCAUUUAAUUCGAAUGUAAGCAAAAAAGGAGAAAAAUUCUAUAGUAUAUUUUUGUAAAACAGAAGUGUAAAUAUCCACAUCUUCAAGAGCUGGAAUGUUGAAGUUACCUACUGAGUAGGCAUGGGAUUCUUUUGUAUGUUAUAUACAUGCAGUUCAUUAUUUUGUGGUUAUCUUUAUUUUGUAUUUGUGUUUGUUAAAACAAGUGACUGUUUCUGGCUUCUAAACACAUUGAAUGCGCUUAACUGCCAAUGGGAUAUUUGGUGUACAAGAUAUCCUCCCAGAAAUGAAAUAUGAAUAAAAAUAUGAAUAUAUAAGUA